AUGGGAGGCGACGGCAAGUUGGGUGCCGCCGAGGCCGCCGUCUGCUGCAUGUGCGGCGACCAUGGCCUCCUGCCGGAGCUGUUCCGCUGCGCCGCCUGCUCCUUCCGCUCCCAGCACACGUACUGCACGGAUCGGUACCCCAAGGCGGAGGCGUACGGCACAUGCAACUGGUGCCUGAGGGCAGGGCAAGGAAGCGGCGACGGCGGCGGCGCCGAUCCUAGCCCGGUGAUAUCCACCUUCAAAGUGCCCGGCCGGCCUGUGCCGGCCGCUGACCGCAUGGAUGUCCCGGCUUGCAGCGGUGGCAGCAGAUCGAUGCCGGGGAAGGUCGCGGCUCGCGGCGACUUCGCCGCGGAGUUGAACAAGCCUAUCAAGAAGCAGCAACACCGGCGGCGGCUCCUGCUGCAGCGGUCAGCGUCUGACCUGAGCAGUGGCGUCCGUGCCAACCGCGGCGCCGGGCCGCCCUCUCCCGGCGUCGCCCGGGGAAGACCGAGGGUUCGGAGGUACAAGCUCUUGGAAGAGGUCAUCAGUAGCUAG